GGGGUUGUAAGUCCGCCAUGAAACCCAUCGAAGAAGAAGAAUGGCUUCCUCUGAAACGCAUGAUGAUUCUACGCACAGCAAAUAGCUUCGGACUCAACUAGAAUGUUCUAGAACCGUUACAUUCGUGUACAGUAUUAAAGGGCAGCGAAAUAAGAACCAACGUUAACAUUGUGACACUGGGCGUUUUCAACAAACAGCAAAGAGCAUCAUGGCAGAAGACCAACGCAACAGGAGACAUCCCCAAAACCUCCAGGGUGUCCUUCGAUUGGCUGUGGAGGCUGGCUCUGCUGCAGAUGGACCCGCCCUCCCUGAACCCAUGUCAGAGGAGAGGAAAGAAUGGUUGAAAGGAGCUCUUGCGGAAGUGGCCAAAGGACAGAACAGCGAGGUGGAACAGAUGAAGGAGUGUAUGCGUGUUCUGCUGAGAGAUGGAGGGUGUGAGAGGGGGAGAGAGGGACAGGAGGAAGGAGAGGAUGAAGAGGGGGAGACAGAAGGGGCACUGGAGUUUCUCUCAGAGCUGUGUGAGAACCUAGACAAUGCCAGAGACCUGAUGACCCUGGGUGGGUUGGACCUGUGUAUGUCGCAGUGCUUGAACCAUCCUCAGGGCAGCGUGAGGUGGCGUGGUGCCCAGCUCAUCGCCUCCUGUGCCCAGAACAUGCCCCAAGUGCAGUGCCACUUACUCAGCAAGGGGGCGCUACCCAAACUGCUACAGCUGACCGACUCAGAUCCCCACCCCACCGUUCGAGUGAAGGCCCUCUACGCUGUCUCCUGUCUGGUGCGGGAGCAGGAAGUAGGUCUCCGGGCCUUCCUCUCUCACGAUGGCUUCUCUGUGCUGAUGAGAGGCAUGCAGUCUGACAACGAGAAACUGAGGACCAAGUCGUCUUUCUUACUCCUCAACCUGCUCACAGUCCACCCAGAGCAUAAAGAUACAGUUCUCUCCAUGGGUAUGGUGCAACAGCUGGUGUCUGUUCUACGCACGCCUCACUCCUCCUUCCACGAGCAUGUGCUCGGCGCCCUCUGCUGCCUGGUGGAGGAGAGUCCUCUGGGUCUGAGGGACUGUCAGAGCCCUACCUUGGGGCUGGAGGAGAUGCUCAACCAGCGGGCUGAAGAUCUGCAGGGGAGAGAGGAGUGUCAGGAAGAGUUGGAGUUCUGCAAGCGCUUGCGUUCUGCUUGUUUCUGCAGACGGCAACCUGACGACAGUGGAAUGGAUCGCUGAAAUCCAACUGGUCCUCCACUUCUCCUGCAGUGCCGUCAUUGGCUAGGAGACAUAGGAGGACAUUAUUU